UAAAUAGAGGAUCCAAAGCUCUCUCUUCUUCACCAUAUAGGUAUACUGGAGCUGCUCUUUCUUUCCAUUACUAAGAAGGGCAUGACACAAUCACAAUCUCACUGUAGAGACCACACAGCUUUUUAGCGCUCUCUCAUUUUUCUCACGAUGGAGAUGUUCUUCUACUUGGUGUUCGGGGGGUUGGGGGCAGUGGUGGCCGCAUUGGAGCUCAGCAAGAACAACAAGGAUCGGAUUACCACCUCUACGGCUUUCAAUUCCUUCAAGAACAAUUACCUUGUCGUUUACUGUCUAAUGAUGGCUGGAGACUGGUUGCAGGGUCCUUAUGUCUAUUACCUUUACAGUACGUAUGGCUAUGGAAAAGGGGAGAUUGGACAGCUUUUUAUAGCUGGGUUUGGGUCUUCUAUGUUGUUUGGGACUAUUGUUGGUUCUCUUGCUGACAAACAGGGCCGAAAGAGGGCUUGUGUGACAUACUGCAUUACUUAUAUACUGAGUUGCAUCACGAAGCAUUCUCCUCAGUAUAAAAUUUUGAUGAUAGGCCGUGUUUUGGGAGGUAUCGCCACUUCUCUCCUGUUUUCAGCAUUUGAAUCAUGGCUUGUUGCAGAACACAAUAAGAGGGGCUUUGACCAACAAUGGCUAUCACUAACUUUCUCGAAAGCAAUAUUUCUUGGCAACGGUCUUAUUGCUAUUGUGGCUGGAUUACUUGGAAAUUUGCUUGUCGACACAGUUGCUCUUGGUCCUGUGGCCCCCUUUGAUGCUGCUGCAUGCUUCCUUGCAAUCGGUAUGGCUAUUAUUUUAUCAUCAUGGACAGAGAACUAUGGUGACUCUUCAGAGAGCAAGGACUUGCUUACCCAGUUCAAGGGUGCUGCAGUGGCAAUUGCUUCUGAUGAAAAAAUUGCGUUGCUGGGUGCCAUCCAGUCUUUGUUUGAAGGCUCAAUGUAUACCUUUGUAUUCCUAUGGACGCCUGCUUUGAGCCCAAAUGACGAGGAAAUUCCCCAUGGUUUUAUUUUUGCAACAUUCAUGUUGGCUUCCAUGUUGGGAAGCUCUCUUGCAUCUCGUUUGAUGGCCCGCCCGUCCUCAAAAGCGGAGAGCUAUAUGCAGAUUGUUUUUAUGGUCUCUUCGGUGUCACUUCUCCUUCCCAUUGUAACUAAUUUCUUGGUGGCACCUACUAACGUGAAAGGUGGAAGCAUCUCCUUUUCCGGCUGUAUCCAGCUUCUUGGCUUUUGUACUUUUGAAGCUUGUGUAGGAAUAUUUUGGCCAUCCAUUAUGAAGAUGAGGUCCCAGUAUAUUCCCGAGGAGGCCAGAAGUACCAUCAUGAACUUCUUCCGCAUCCCUCUGAAUAUAUUUGUGUGCAUUGUGCUUUACAAUGUUGAUGCAUUCCCUAUCACCGUCAUGUUUGGUAUGUGCUCGAUUUUCCUCUUUGUGGCAUCUCUCUUGCAGAGGCGGCUCUUCGUCAUUGCAGAUAAGCCAAAGACACAAGAAUGGACAGGAAUAAAGGAGCAUGAUACUGAAGCAGAUCCCCUAAACAUAUAAUUCAAGUUGAGCUGACAGUCGAGGAAAUAUUGGCUGGUGGAAGGCAACCAACAAAUUCAUUCCGUCAACUAUUACAGUUGCAAUUUGAUUUGAUGAUGUGCUAAGUUUGAUAUUUGAAACAUACAAGUUAAUAGAGGUGACAAAUUGUUGGGAAAACAAAAGGGUCGCACAAGCUCUUAAAACAAAACUGUCUUUCAGUUAUUCUUAUAUUUACACAAAUACAAUAUGUUAUGGUUGUAGGAAAGCAUUCAUCUGUUUCAGUAAUUGUGAUGUUAUUUCUUUUGCAAGAUGUGUUUAUACUAGUAAUCCAUGAGUAGAAUGUUUUCUGGA